UACAAAAUGGUGAAAGACAAAUGGUAGAAUUUUUUUCCUUCACAUUGACCUAAACUACAAGUAUACAUGUGACGGUACGGCACGUUUUGCGUCAGACACCCUGUAUAUAUGCAGAAUUCCUAGGAAAAUCCCUGAAUAAUUUAUAUAAAAAGAACGAUAAUUAAUAUUUUACAAGUGAUAAUAAUAUCGCGAAAGAUGUGUAUGAUAUACUGAAAAAUUUAAAAAUGUGAGUAACAGAAGAAGAGAGUGCGAUACCGUUGAUUAACGCGCUCCAGCUUUACCGACUAUCUCGUCACAACAAUGGCCGCACCCGUAAAAACGUGCAUCUGCGGAGCUUGUGCGAAAGCUCGCGUAACGAUCCAGCAAGUGUUCAGUGUACUAGAUAUAUACGGAUGGUUGUUAGAUUCGUAUAUUGUGGAUUUCUUUCAAGAGCAAUUAUGGGAAAAACUACCGAACAGCUGGAGACUCAUCCUGCGAGAAGUAUCGCCGAGAGAGUUUGGGGAAUGGUUAAGUAGUGACAUCUUGUGGCGCGUGUGGCCGCUGUCGCUGCUCGCGCUCCGACAAGUUACGAGGAAUUUACAACUCGACAGAGAUCAUAGAAAUCGUGAGAAUACCUUGCGAUGCGGCCGAGCGAAGGAUGUUGAAUACAAUUUGGAUAACUUCGUCUCGGAAAGUAAAGAUAAAGUGUCGCGGGAUUUACACGACGACGCUUUGAAGAAACGCAACAAUCUCUUCCUGAAACACGUUAAGAUUAAGAAACGGCAUGAGAUACAAGAGAUAGCGAGGAUAUGCGCGAAUUGUGCGCGCGAGUCGGAUGCAAAAUGCAUCGUGGACGUUGGAGCGGGCAUGGGUCAUUUAGCCCGAUCAUUAGCAUUCAAAUAUGAUCUGUGCGUGACGUGCAUCGAACAAAACGCGGCACUGUCGCAGCAGGCCAAAAAAUGGGAUCAGGAAUUAUUAGUAUCUAUAACGAAACAUUUACCCGACUUGCUGGUUAAACUUCCGCAACACGUAUCGGUUAAGUUGGAAAGUACAGACUUUGAGCAGGCUGAGACAGUCGAGAGCAUACAGCGGAUGUUCGCGGAGAAUUUUCACUUGAAUAAAACGAGGACUGAAUUCGGCAUUGUCGGCUUACAUCCGUGCGGAGAUCUCGCAGCCACGUUGCUGAGACUUUACACCUACCGACGUGAGGCGAGAUUUAUUUGCAUUGUGGGAUGCUGCUACAUGAAGCUGACAUUAGAAGAUACGACGGACGUCACAAGUGGGUAUCCGCUCAGUAAAUACCUGUCGUCAUUCGUAAAUCACAAGUUGUCCUACGCGGCCUUAGAAGUUGCGUGCCACUCUAUCGAGAGUUACUGUGACAAAUUGAAGGCUGGAAAUUACGACGAUUUAAUAGUGCACGCCUACAGAGCUGCUCUAGAAACUAUUUUAAUAAGACGAAGCAGGCAACUGCGUCACACUCAAGUGAGGAACGUCAAAGUGGUGAAACCUACAACGUUUCAACAGUAUUGCGCGGCCGCAACUGCGGAUCUUGAGUUACAUUUGCGACCCGACGACUCGGACUUUCAGAAUCUGCAGGUGAAACGUUUCCUGGACCAGUGGCGGCAAAUCGUGAUAUUCGGGGCGUUACGUACGAUGCUGGCGCCACUGGUGGAGACCGCGGUGCUGCUGGACAGAUUCCUAUUUCUCUCGGAAAAUAAUUUACCUCCCAUACUGAAGCCCAUCUUUGACGCCAGAUUGUCUCCUAGAAAUUUUUUGUUGUUCUCGAUCAAAAAGAGCGAACAGUUAUUCUCUUAAUCGUACCUUUGUAUACCUUCGUAUUUUUUACUACAAUAAAAAUAUUCUGAA